UGUGGGGCGUCAUGACGGCGCCCACGCUCGCCCCGCGCCGCCCGCACGCCCUCAAGAGGAAGCUCGGUGGGCCGCGCGCCCUGAGGAACCCCGGCCACGCCCUCAGGAGGAGGCUGGGCUGCGUUCUGCUGCCGCCGCUCGCCACGCAGUCGUGGCUCCCGGCGGGCGCGCUCGAGGACCUGCUCGACCAUGGGAGCGCCGGAGUGAGCACGUGUAGCGGGGGACAUGAAGACUCGGGAGACCUGCAGGACCGCAACAACAACAACAACAACAACAACAACAACAAAAAUAACAAUAACAACAAGAACAUCACCAUGACGAGCGAGGACCUCCUGCAGCCAGGCCACGUCGUCAAGGAGAGAUGGAAAGUGUCCAACUUCAGCAUGGGUCGUCUCCCUCACAACUGCAGGAAGGUAUACAUGCUGGACUUCGGAUUGGCUCGGCAGUACACCAACGCCAACGGGGAGGUGCGGACGCCACGCGCUGCGGCCGGGUUUAGAGGGACGGUACGUUAUGCCUCAAUGAACGCACACAAGAACAAGGAGAUGGGCCGCCACGAUGAUCUGUGGUCUCUCUUUUACAUGAUUGUAGAAUUCGUCAAUGGACAACUUCCUUGGAGAAAAAUUAAGGACAAGGAACAGGUGGGUCUCAUGAAGGAAAAGUAUGACCACCGGCUACUCAUCAAGCACCUCCCGUCCGACUUCAAACAGUUCCUGGAACACAUACAAAACCUUGAUUAUUAUGACAAGCCAGACUAUGCUAUGCUGUCUGGUUUAUUUGAGAGAUGUAUGAAACGUCGAGGGGUGAAGGAGGCUGACCCGUUUGAUUGGGAGAAGACUCCUACCGACAACUCCCUCGGCACAACUACUACUACAACGCAUGCUGUUAUUACGAAGCCUCAGCAUGUGGACAGCCGUUUGGUGUAUGGCGGUGGGGGCGUCACAGACAACAUGCUUGACGACAAUGUCUUGGGCUCAGUGGACAACCAGGAGAACGUGGAGGCGCCCCACGACCACGACCACGACCCCAGGAGACGAAGAAGGCGAGACACCGUCCUACACCAACCCCAGCCGAACAUCAACCAGCAACAGGUGGAGACUAAGGACCGCGUGCUGAACGAUAACAACGUCAAUGCGAACAUCAUCGUCAACAAUGAGAAGGACACGAACGAGGUGGAGAUGUCACCCAAGAAGAGAAAGGUGGAAGAGUUCACCUGCGAGAAGGAAGGAGAAGGAGGUGGGGAGAAGGAGAAGGAGGGUCGCCUCGAGUGUUCUACCGACUGGGAUGGAGACGCGGUCAUGGCCUCCAGACAAGGCCACACCACGCCAAGAGGAGCUGGAAAUGAGGAUAAUAAGAAUAGAAAACCGCUGGCAGUACUAAGGUUAUCGUCAGUAGAUACAGCUGUGGACGAUGUAGAUAUGAAUGUAGAACCUGCUAGCAAGAGGGAAGACCAGUACUCUGUCCAGGAUGGAAGUUACGUUAGCUUCCAGGAUGGAGGACGGCUGGUGAGGAUGGAGCCCAACGCAGGGGGGGUGUCUCCCGGCGGCUCCACACCCCCCACAGAGGGAGACUUCCACCCACACGCUCGCGACCACACCCCACACCGAAGGACCCACCACAAAAGGAGCCUUGGAUUGGCCAGGUUCCACCCAGUUCAGCGAGCGAAGUACCUGGGUCAUCGCGAUGUGUCCAUCACCCAGUUUGCUCUGGCUGACGAUGACAAUGUCUCCCAGCCGGCCACCAAGGGAGGGGGAGGAGGUCUUACUUUGGCCUCACAGUGGAAAUCACAGUUUGACGACUCGGAGGAGACCGAUAAUGAGCUGAAGGCGGACAACCUACAGAGCCCUGAGCACAAGCAACGCCUCACCCUGGUGUCUCCCUCGUCCCACGGUCCCGACAGUACUGCCAUCACCCCCGUGCAGGACGCGGUGCCGGCGGAAAAGUCCCGGCGCGGCGCUGAGCUCUCCAGAAUCAGCGAAGAUGACCGCCAUCGCUCCUCUGACCACCACACCCACACCCAGGUUCCUGACGUGACGAUGGUCGGCGGCAGCGUGGCGGGCAGUCACGGCAUCGAGGAGUUCCGCGUGGUGACCCGCGCCUCCGGCGGCGUGGAGGAGGCCGCCCCCACCGCGGCCUGCCUAGCGCUGGAGGCGACCAAGAACCCCCUGCAAGGCGAGCAGGCGGACCACCCCGGCCUGCCCCGCGCCUGGUCCAACCCGCAGAUCUCCAGCCACAUCCGGCCGGGCCUGGAGCCGCCGCAGAUCCACACCACCACCGUCACCGACGCCGUGUUCGAGGUGGACGUCGCCCGCGGCGUCUGCAUCAAGACGUCGCGGGAGGGCUCGCCUCUCACGCCCGAGCGCCGCCAGAGCAUGCCGGACAUCGGCGUGUGCGAAAACGACGACGUGGGCGAGGACGAGGCGGUCGUCGGGUGCAAGAUCGAGUUCCGAGUGCUCGACAAGGACAGGAAGUUUUCCGAGCCAUCUGGGCCCACCACCAUCGUGGCCAGCCAGACGCGGGUGUCUCGCCAGGAGCUGUCUGCCGUCGUGCCCGCGCCGCCCGCCUUCAACGCGGGGGCCGAGGACACGCCCGCGCCCGCCACUCUCGACCUGCCCCCUAGCGCGUCCGCCAAGGUCACCGCCCUGCAGGCCAGCCCGCACGCGCUGCCCGACGAGCGCUCCGUCUACUACGACGCCCCGCCGCCGGACGACGCGUCGCAGCCCGGCCUCAAGAUCCACGCCAAGUCGACGUCGCCGCGCAGCGACACGAACGAAGAGAGCGCCAAGGGCAGCGACGCCGCCGACGCCGCCGCCAAGGACAAGGCGGACGUGCGGGGCGGCAAGAAGGACGAGGCCCGGCGGCGGCUGGGCGUCGUGGCGCUGCCCAUCGUGCUGGAGGACCACAAGGACCGCGACGGAGAGCCGACCACGCAGUACGACUCGGCCGCCCACCCGCCCGACACCAGCCGCUACGAGUCGGCGGCGCACGACCCGACCGCCGGGCCCACCGCGCAGGAGACGUCCCGCUACGAGACGGUGAUGGGCGCGCCGCCGCCCGAGUCGUCGCGCUACGAGACGGUGAUGGGGCAGCGCGACACGGAGCAGCGGACGCGACACGACACGCUGUGCGAGGAGGACAAGUCGCUCACGUCGGAGCGGAGACGGUCGCUGGAGUUCGUGCUCGAGGAGAAGCUGGACAACGACGACAUGAGAAAGAUCUCGGUGAUCAACCUGCAGGACCUGAACACGGCCUUCCAGGUGUCCACCAUGAUGAACAGAUCGCGCACAGUCACGCCGUCGGUGUCGCCGCGAGGAACGCCUCCGCACAGCGAGAGCGGCGGUCGGCGAAGUCGCUCCUCACGCCACCGCCGCUCCUGCGAGGACCUGCUCGAGGAGGGGUCGGAGGAGUCUUCCAGAACCAACACGCCGCGCCCCACGGACCUCCAGCCUCGGUCUUCCCUGUCCCCCGACACGCCGCGGGGCCCCGCCGCGCGCAAGUCCCCCGCCGCGCAGGAGGACUCCUCGCAAAAAAGCCGCAUUCCUGUGCCUCUCUGGGCCCGCACCGCGAAGGACGGCGAGCCCGACAACAGCCACAACGUGCCCUCCGGAGGCAGGAGUCCGCGCUACUCGGAGGCGGAGCGCGCGGAGGCGGCGCGCAGGAUCUCUGUGGCGCUGGCGGAGAAGGUGACGUCCCCGGGCAACGAGGAGGACUCGAGCACGCGGAGCGGCGCGUCCGAGCACCGGUCGGGGCGGGACCGCGGCUCCUCGCGCGAGUUCCAGCACUCCGUCAGCCAGGAGGACCACUCCGAGGACCUCGCGGACCUCACGCCGGCGCUGCGCAGACGCAGGCAGGGCGUCGAUAAGUACGUCACGGACGAGACGCAGCUCAACCUGCGGUUCCAGCGGCGCCGCACGCGGCCCAUGUCCGACGUCACGCCGCCGCCGCCCGCGAUGCUGCAGACCAGGAACCGCCAAAGCAGACAGCGCGUGUCCAUGAUCGAGGCUGGGGCGGGCGGCCGCUACUUCGACGGCGGCCGGGGCGUGCCUUCUUACCUCCUGAAGCCCCAGCACGAGGAGUCGAGCGAGUCGGAGAGCUCCCACCCCCGCAAGCCGCGGCCCCCCGCCUCCGAGCCGCCGUCCGCCGCCAGGGACGUCACCGCCAGAAUCCGCCGCUACCGCCCCCUGAGCGCGGACAGCAGUGACAACUACCGGCGUCAGCAUCCGCAGCGCACCGUGUCUCCGGACUGACAGGAACCCCGGCCCUAGUCCUCGUCAGGAGGAGGUGUUCGGCUCCCAUACCCCCCCACCUGCAGUCCCCUACCGAGCUGCCACCCAUACCCCCCCUCACACACCACCCAGAAGCGCACAAACUCUCCCCCUCCCCCCGUGGUGGGCGUCGACGCAUGCAAAGUGUGCACGCAGGAGCUCAACAGCCAGAGACGGGCGUUCGACGAGACUUACCUCCCGUACCGGCAGCAGGACCUCCCUUCGCAGCAGCAGGUCGUGUUCGCCACCGUGACCAAACUGAAACACAGGCGCAAGAGAAAGGUGUGUGGGUGCUGGCAGAUCUUCCAGCGCGCCCGUGGCAAGACCCUCACGGCCAACAAGAGCCAGGAGAUCGCCAGAGCGCGGCUCAACAUCUGCUGAAAACGAGGCUUGCAAAGUUGAUCGUCGUCAUCAUCAUCAUCAAGCUUAUUUUGGACUAUCUCUCCGUGUUCAUUUUUUUUUUCUGAAAAGUAAACGGUGCUUUUUGCCUAAGUAGUCGAUGCGAUUUUGAUACUUCUGUCACGUCGAGAAUUCAGAUACGGAUACAUAUAUAUAAUUAUCCUGGUCGUCGCGUUAACGUAAAUGAUGAAAAGACAGGCUGGAAGUGUCUCUUGCAAAGCCACGAUAGCAGUGUGCAGUGCAACACCCGCAAGCACAGAAGAAGACAGGGAAGGAGAAGGUUCCUGGCGCCUCGGGGAAGAAGGGAGGAGCUCGGUCCCCGGCUACACAAAACUGCUUUAGCUCAGAGUGCCACACUUGGGUUAAAAAAGGGUAUUCAAGAGAAAAAAGGUGGAAAUGAGAUUAUAGUUCAUAUAGAUAAAAUAAUAAGUGUGAUAUACGGGGGAGUGUGAUUCGGGGAUAUAUAUAUAUAUAUAUAUAUAUACAUAUAUACAUAUAUACACGGGAGCUGUUUCCUCACACUGAUUGACGGCAGCCUGGCGGCAGUGGACGCUACCGACCGCCAAAAGGACUCGCUCGCCGCCAAAGAAAAGAAAAAAAAGAGACUCAGUUGUCUUAGCAGUGUGAGGAGGGUGCCAUGGGAGCCACACAGUCCUCGGCCACCGCCACGCAGGACCGGGGCAGCGUGACGCGGGAGGUGCCGCCGUCGCUGCGUCGCCGCCGUCGCAUCGUCGUCGGCGUCGGACGUCGCUUUCGCCGUCGCCGUCGCCGUCGCCGUCAUCGUCGUCGUCGGGAACGUCACCUGCACUUGGUUGUGAUAUUUGCUAUGUACGUUUCUGUGUACCAACACUUGCUAGGUUAGGUUAGUAACUGUGCCAUCCUACGUUGCCAUAGACUUUGACUCUCGACCGGUCACGUGACUGGCCACAACUCCCACAGGUCACGAGAGUUAUCUUUUCACUCGAGAAAGACAUCGGUUAUGAUUAUAAUAAUAAUAAUAAUAAUAAUAACAAUAAUACUAAUGAUCUUAGAAAGAAAAUGAAAACUGGAAAUGAAGAAAGGAUGAAAAAAAAACUAUAAACAUUUACUUUUAAUGUACAUUAUUAUUUAGAUACGUAUUAAGGCGCCUACGAUCAAAUAUGUGAUGUAAUAAUCCUUAGUGUUUUUCUCUUGAUCUAGGUACCUGUGUUUUCACUUUUAAAGGGUUCUGGAUGACUGUUGGAAAAUUUAUCAAAAAGAAGCCAUGAGUUUUAGCCUUUGAUAUUGCUGUUAACGAACUAUUUUUUGGGGAAUUACUGCAAUAUAUACAUGUAGAGAUAUAUAUUCUGGUGAAUCUCAAAAAAUAAGGCCACAUGCAUAUUUGCCCCAGAUACUCGGUAGCCCCUUCCCACACUUUCACAAUUGAAGCUUUGUCGUUCUUCUUAUGGUGAUGAUAAGAAAAAUAAAUAAUAAAAAAAAAAAAAACAUUAAUGAUAACUAAUGAUGAAUGCUGUAAGUAUUUCUAAAUAACGGUGCACAUGCAGUACGCUGAUGAUGCAUAUUUUGAAUUUUUUUUUUAUUUAUUUUUUAUUUUUUUUUUAAUCUAUUUAUUUUGGAAUAAGUUUAUUCGAGUCAAAAUGUUGGGUUCCAUUUUGUUGCUCCCCCCUCCCCCCCUCCCCCCAACUAUAGACCCACUUACACCCCCCGUCCCCCCCCCCCUCACCCCUCGUGCCAUCACCUGUGUUGCAGGUUUGUUGAUAAGAAUGCUCCCUAAUGCAAUUAAUUUUUUUUUUUGCGAAUAUUUAGACGUGAAAGAAAUCCAAACAUAAAAGAAACAUUUUUUUGCGAUAAAGGAAAUGAGAAAGAGAGGGAGAGUAGAAGGAGGAGAAGAAGAAGGAGAAGAAGAAGAAGAAGGAGAAGAAAAGCUGGGUCACAUAAGAAGGCGAAGAGAAUGGUAGGAAAGAAAGCAAGGGAAAGGAGAAGAGGCAUAAGAAGAAGAAAUUGACUCGAUAUCGUCGAAAAUGAGCUUAAGAAUCAGGGAGACAACCAAGAGGGCAACACUUCGCAUGAAUGUUGCCGUCUCGCUAUCAGGUCUUUCUAAGUGUCUUGGGAUCAAGUGUAAUUAAUAUAUCUUGUUCGAAAAUGAUAAUGAUAGGACUAAAACUUAAAAAGAAAAUGAAGCAGCUCAAAUGAAAAAAAAUAAUAUGAACGAAAAAAAGCAGCUCAAUCCUUUGUAAAUUGGUUUAAAAAAAAAAGCUAGUCAGACCCCCAUGCGUACCAACAUUACGGGAAUAUACGUACAUAACCUUUUGAAUUAUUGUUUUCAAAUGGUUUUCUUUCUUCACGUAAGCCUGGAGGUUAUUUGAUUUUUUAAAAAUAUUAUUUUUGUCUAUUUUGCAAUUGUGGGUCACUUUGAAGAGAAUCUCUUUUUUUUUGGUCGUGUUGGUAAGCCUUUCUAGUCACGAAUUUUUACCCUUAAAAAAAAAAAAAGGUUUUUCUUCAAAUUGCAUCUCCACUUUGUAAAGAAUGUGUGAUGUGCCCUUUUCAUUAAACAAAACAUUCAGUUAGCACAACAUU